AAGCAAUUACACAUUCCCGGGAAGAGAUUAAAACACUAUGAAAUAGUUAAACUCAUUGGAUCAGGAGGAUAUUGCAAAGUGUAUCAUGUAAAGAGAACAUGAAUAUAAAAAGGCUGUCAACGUAUAAACCAACGAGAAUGUAGCAAUAAAAGCAGUGGCCAUGUCGACCUUUAAGAAUCAUGGAGGACUAGUGGGUCAAUUACAUGAAACAGAAAAACAAAAUAUGAAACUCAUUAAUAGCAACUAUGUUGUUAGAUUCAUCGAUGAAUUCCAAUAAAACAAAUAUUCAUAUAUUGUUAUGGAGUACUGUAAUUGUAAUACGUCUUAAUUUACUUAUCACAGAGGGAGACAUUGAGAAACUUUGGCUGGAUAAACAUAAACACUUUAGCGAAUAAGAAGCUAUUGCAUAUGUGAAGCAAAUGCUUAAAGGAAUGCAAGAUCUGUAAAAAUGUUAUGUGAUGCAUCGAGACAUAAAAAUGAAGAAUAUUCUACUACAUAAUGAUUAAAUCAAGUUAGGAGAUCUGGGAUUCAGUAAGUCUACUUGUUAAUUUUAUGCAUUUAGUAUAACAAUGAUAAUCCUAUGACCUUGACUAUU